GCCGUGCGCGGCUCCCCUGAGGCGGGCGGGCGGCCGGGCCGGGCGGAGGCCGCGGCCGAGCCGGGGGCUCGCGUAGAUGUGCAGCCCGGGGGAGGCCCCCCCUGGGCCGGCCGCGGCCGGGGACCUGCCCCCGGAGUGGGAGACGGAUGACGAACGCAUGGCCUUCCUAUUCUCGGCCUUCAAGCAGAGCCGCGAGGUGAACAGCACCGAGUGGGACAGCAAGAUGGCUUUCUGGGUCGGGCUGGUGCUGGCCCGCGGCCGGCGGAGCGGCGCGGUGAGGACGUGCCUCAGGGAGCUGCAGAACGGCUUCGAGCGGCGCGGCAGCGUCCCCUUGGGGCUGGGCACCGUCCUCAGGGAGCUGCUCAGACGUGGGAAGCUCCAGAGGGAGUCAGACUUCAUGGCCAGUGUAGACAGCAGCUGGAUCUCGUGGGGUGUGGGAGUUUUCAUCCUGAAGCCCCUCAAGUGGACCCUCUCCAGCGUGCUGGGGGACAGCAAAAUUCCCGAGGAAGACGAGGUUCUGAUUUAUGUGGAGGUGCUUCAGGAGAAAGCAGAGGAAGUUUAUCGCCUGUACCAGAGCUCUACCCUCUCCUCCCACCCCGUGGUCGCGCUGGCCGAGCUGCGCUCCCUCUGCGCCGGCCUCUGCCCUGAUGAAAGAACCUUCUACCUGUUACUGCUGCAGCUGCAGAAGGAGAAGAGGGUCACCAUCCUGGAGCAGAAUGGAGAGAAGAUUGUGAAAUUUGCCCGAGGCCUCCACGCCAAGGUGUCCCCAAUGAACGAUGUGGACAUUGGAGUUUAUCAGCUGAUGCAGAGUGAGCAGCUGCUCUCACAGAAGGUGGAGUCCCUUUCCCAGGAAGCAGAGAAGUGUAAAGAGGAUGCCAGGAGUGCUUGCAGAGCUGGGAAGAAGCAGCUGGCCCUGAGGUGCCUCAAGGCCAAGCGCAGGACGGAGCGGCGAAUCGAGGAGCUGCACUCCAAGCUGGACGCGGUGCAGGGAAUCCUGGACAGGAUCUACGCCUCCCAGACCGACCAGAUGGUGUUCAAUGCCUACCAGGCUGGAGUGGGAGCCCUGAAGCUUUCCAUGAAGGAUGUGACAGUGGAGAGGGCAGAGAACCUGGUGGAUCAGAUCCAGGAGCUUUGUGACACUCAAGAUGAAGUGGCCCAGACUCUGGCUGGAGUGGGGAUCAAUGGUCUGGCAGAGAUGGACUCUGAGGAGCUGGAGAAGGAGCUGGACAGUCUCCUGCAGGAUUCCAGCAAGGAUUCUGUGGAUCUGCCUCCCAUUCCCCAGAAGGUGCCCAGUGCCCCCAUGUCAGAUGCUGAGCUGGAGGCUGAGCUGGAGCAGCUCUCAGUGUGUGCUGGAGAUCUGCCACAAAAGACUCCCUCUGCUUCUUCUGAACCCAAAACAGCUCUGGGACUGAAUCUCUGAGGAGCCAACAGAAUUCCUGUUGCUGCAGUUUGGGAAGUUCAACGUUCCUGAACUCAUGACCAGAACUUCCAAGCAGAGGGGGACACCCCCCUGUCCUUCUGGAUCUGUCUCUGCUCAGCAGCAGGAGCUCCUGCCAUGACAAUCCACUCUGGACCUGGCCCCAGCUGGUUUUUGUCAUCUCUGUGCCAACAUCUGCACUGGUCUCCACCUGACUCGUGGCCCCAGGUCACUGCCACACCCUGGGAACACAAUCCAGUGAAGAUAAAACUCUUCUGUGUCCAUAGCAGUGCUCGGUUUUGGGUUUGAUUUUGAUUUCUCUUCCUUUGCUGUGGCUGGUGUUGAGAAUCUGAGUAGCAGCAGCGUUGCGGUGGCUCAACA